AUGCCGCAACUACUAGAGAUCGCAGUGGAUCCUGACGUCUACCUCCGACCAAACUAUAGCGAUGAUUGGCAUUCGGAGACCACGUCUAUCGGUUCCUCAAUCUAUCAUGGCCUAAUGGAAAAUGGCAGACGGUAUGUUUCAUCCUACAUUUGGCGCACCUGGGAGCUCGACCCGUUACUCACAUCAUCUUCCACCAAAGAAACCGCCAACUUAUGUCCGAUUCUCACCAGGAUUCCGUCCGAUGACCUAGCAUUCGAGUCCUAUGAAGCCGGUCACUUGCUCGCCCUCGUAUUGGAUUCGGAGCGAGAGAACCCGCUGUUUAGAGCGCCUAUCGAGAAGAACCCCAAACAUAUCCUCGAUAUCGGAACGGGUAAAGGUAACUGGGCGAUUGAUGUUGCCGACAUGUUCCCAUCUACGACUGUGCGAGGAGUGGACCUCUUCCCACCCCCAAUUACAUGGAUGCCGCCGAACUGCAUCCUAGAAGUCGACAACAUCCUAGAAGAAUGGACCUGGAGAGACCCCCUCGACCUAAUCCACAUGCGGAUCAUGACCGGCUCAUUCGAUCACGCGGGAUGGGAUCACGUCUACACAAGCUCCUACAGAAAUCUACGACCAGGAGGCUGGAUCGAACAACUCGAAGGCAGUACAUGCAUCGAAUGUAUCGACGACAGCCUGCCAGCAGAUAGCAUCCUGCGAACCUGGGGCCCGACCAUGAACGCGUGCGGCGAGCGCGCCGGACUCGCGAUGGAUAUUCUCGAUGCCAUGAGCGACAGAAUGAAAAAGGCCGGGUUUGUGGAUUUGCAGGAGAAGUCGUACCAGUGGCCGAUUGGCCCGUGGGCUCGCGAGCAGAAAUACAAAGAGGCUGGCGUUGUUAAUUUCCAGCAUUGGCUUUCUGGUAUGGAGGGGUGGUGUAUGUGGCUGCUUACACAUUUCGGUGCGCCGCAUCCUUGGUCGAAGGAUGAGGUUACUGUUUUUUUGGCGAAGGUUCGUUCGGAACUUAAGAAUCCGAAAUAUCAUAUUUAUCAGAGAGCACGACGUGUGUGGGCGCGCAAGCCUUUUCCUGGAGAGCUUACGCCUGAGACGACUCCGAUCAAAAGCGAGGAAGAGUGA